UAAAAUAAAAAAUAAAAUAAAAAAAAAAAGAAAAGGAGGCACAGUAAUAUAAGAAGCAAUUUGUUUAGUUAUAUGCAAAUGUUUCCCCCAAAAAGGAAAAAAAAAGAAAAAAGAAGUUGUGUUUCUUUCCACUGUUUCACAGUUUCAGUGUGAGUGCUGAUUGUUGGAGAAACAGAAGAGGAUUCGAUUGGCGGAAUAUUCCAUGAACGAUUUUGGUUCCCUCCCUCUCACCUUCACACUCAACAACAAUGAAUUCCACAGCUUAAAACCCUAAUUUCACUUCGACACUCGUCGCUGCCACUGACGCUGGGUUCCAUCAACCACUUUGAAUUAAUGCGAACAUCCUAUCAUCUUCUUCGCUCUCGCUUUCGCCGCUGUCACACGCACGCGUAUCGUUCUCUCUCCGUCGUUGUAUUCGCGAAGCCGGAGCACCAUCCGCCGCAUACGGUUGCCUCCUAUUCACCUCGCUCAACGCAGAUCCUUCUUCUCGGCUUCAAUGCUCAUCGCUUCCCCUAUCAUCGCAGUUUCUUUACGAGAGCUAAGCCAGCGAAGAAUAUCGAAUUCAACGAUCGCCACAGUCAGCGAGCUGUUACGACUGCAUUGUGGUGUAAUUUUCUUGUUUUUUCGCUCAAGUUUGGAGUAUGGUUAGCUUCCUCUAGUCAUGUUAUGUUUGCUGAAGUCGUGCAUUCAGUUGCUGAUUUUGCCAACCAGGCGCUACUUGCUUAUGGUCUAACGAGCUCAAGGCGUGCACCAGAUGCCAUUCAUCCUUAUGGCUAUUCCAAGGAAAGAUUUGUUUGGUCCUUGAUAUCUGCUGUUGGGAUAUUUUGUCUUGGUUCUGGUGCUACCGUUGUUAAUGGGGUUCAAAAUUUGUGGACUGCUCAGCCCCCUGAGAAUAUGCAUUAUGCAGCUUUGGUGAUAUGUGGUUCAUUUGUCAUUGAAGGGGCCUCUCUUAUUGUUGCCGUACAAGCUGUCAAGAAAGGUGCAGCCACAGAGGGAAUGAAAUUAAGAGACUAUAUUUGGCGUGGCCAUGAUCCUACAUCUGUUGCUGUAAUGACAGAGGAUGGUGCUGCCGUCACUGGCCUUAUGAUUGCUGGGGCAUCAUUGGUUGCAGUCAAUGUUACUGGAAAUCCCAUUUAUGAUCCCAUAGGUUCAAUUGUAGUUGGCAACUUACUUGGAAUGGUAGCCAUAUUUCUUAUCCAGAGAAACCGACAUGCUUUGAUUGGUAGAGCUAUGGAUGACCAUGAUAUGGAGAAAGUACUUCAAUUUUUGAAAAAUGACCCGGUUGUAGAUUCCCUCUAUGAUUGCAAAAGUGAAGUUAUUGGGCCUGGAUUCUUCAGAUUUAAAGCUGAAAUAGAUUUUAAUGGAGUGAUGGUAGUGCAAAAUUAUCUUAAAAGGACUGGACGUGAAGAGUGGGCCGAACAGUUUCGUGAAGCUGCAAAGAAGGAUGAUGCUGCCCUGGUGAGGAUUAUGUCAAAUUAUGGUGAGGAAGUAGUUACAGCUUUAGGAAGUGAGGUAGAUAGGCUAGAGAAGGAGAUCCAGAAUCUCGUUCCUGGUAUUCGGCAUGUUGAUAUUGAGGCCCACAAUCCAACAGAGGCGACCUUGUCAAGUGAAAGUCCUGAAUAAAUUCGACUUCAUCUUCCCAAUUCCCAUUUAUUUAUAUUAUCAAAGCAUUCAUCAAAAUUUGAUUUGGCUUUAUCCAGUUGGGGUCCGGUUUCUGAAGGAAAUACGGAGCUGAGUUACAUGCCUCAAAUUGAGUCGACAGCUCUUGAUUGAUGCGCACGAGUCUCCCACUAAAGCGAAACAUGUUUGUGUGGGUUUAUGGAACGAACGACAUCAGAGCAACCUCGAGCGUAAAAGAGUAGAAAGCUACGAUGCUAAGUUAAUUUUUUAUUUGCUGCAGCUCCUGUCAUUUGAGAAAAUCUAUUUAUAGAUCGUUAUUAUUGGUUGAAAUAUAGAACUUCAUGUCACUUAUAACGAGCCUCAAUUGGUGAGACUUAAUAACCUUUAGCUUAUAACAAAGAAUAUAUCAAGUGUGAUAAUUUUUGCUUUA